CCAGUUGGUAUGAACCGUGGCAGAUUGUGUACAGAAUGAUGGGCAGAUAGACUACAAACACGUCAUAUUGAAACAAAUUAAACAUAACAUGCACCAGACACCAGGGAGUGGUGCAGGAUGGAUUUAUUUGAUGAGGACGUCUCCCAGCCUUCUCCUAUUGCAUUGGUUGAAGCAAAGCGGGAACGUCGCCAGCCAAGGUACCAGUCAAAACCAGAAAGUCAUGAGGGGAAUGCCAAGUGGCUUCAUGCACACUACGACCCUUACUCAGCUCUCUACACCUUCUCCUCAUGUAUUGCUUUAGCAGACUUACAUGGGGAUGGGGACAACAAACUUAUCAUCGCAAACUUGGGGACUGGAAAGUAUGACAUGAAGCUAAAGGUUUACAAAGGAACUGUGCUGAUGACUGAGAACACCAUCAUCGACCUGCCCACAGCUGUCUGUACCUUCUUCAUGGACACACACGACCCACGCACACCAGCUGUGGCUGUUGCCUCUGGCCCAUACAUCUACGUCUACAAGAACCUGCGGCCCUACUUCAAGUUCACCCUGCCGCCGUUAGAUGUCAACCCAGUCGAGCAGGACCUCUGGAACCAGGCCAAAGAAGAUAAGAUUGAUGUCCAAGUGUUGAAGGAAAUGCUGGAGAGUCUCAGGGCUGAUGGAAGUGAGGGUACCCUGACUGUUAGGUCCUUAAGGUUCCUUAUGUUAGACCCAGAAGACAUGCCGACAUUUGCCAACCUACACAAACACAGUCCUCUGAAGAGACAGACUGUGAUCACAUGCAUGACAACACUGAAAAAGAGCCACUCAGAAGAGGAUGCCAUCAGCUGUCUGGUCAUUGGUACAGAGAGCAGAGAUAUCUACAUUCUGGACCCAGAGGCCUUCACUGUUCUUACUAAGAUGGUGCUGCCCAGUGUUCCAGUGUUCCUGGAUGUGACAGGAUUGUACGAUGUGGAGUUCCGAGUUGUUGUUUCAUGUCGCAAUGGAAACAUUUACUCACUCAAGAAGGGAUCAAAAGCACCCAAGUACAGCAUUGAGCUGAGCUCCCAGCCUGUGGGGCUUCAACGGAUGGGCAAAAAUGUGGUGGUGGGCUGUAUGGACCAGACCCUCCAGUGUUACACCACUAAAGGAAAACGUCUGUGGGUGCUGACCCUCCCAGCCAAUGUCAUGACCAUGGAGCUGAUGGACUACAAGACACGGGGCUUCAAGGCCAUCAUGGUCGCUCUGGACAACUGUGAAGUUCAUGUGUACAACGAGAAGUACCUCGUCAACACCAUCAAAACAGAGGAUAUUGUGACGGGGAUGAAGUUUGGUCGGUUUGGCAGGGAAGAUGGAGCACUGGUGAUGACCACUAAAGGUGGUGGCUUGAUUGUAAAGAUCUUGAAGCGGAAUUCUGUGUUUGAGGAGAAAGAUUCCCGACCAGGUCCUCCUGCUGCUCAGAACCAGAAACUGAACAUUCCGAAGAAGACCAAGUUGUUUGUGGACCAGACUAUGAGGGAGAGGGAGAAUGCUGUCACCAUGCACCGUAUGUUCCAGCGUGACUUGUACCGGUUGAGACUGGACGCUGCCCGUUCCUAUGUGAAGGCUCUGGAGACCAGUAUGACUCCCAUGUCAGCUGAUCCACUGGAGCCGCUCAAACUGUCAGCUACUGUGAAUGGGAUAGGUCCGUCCUUUCAGCUGACUGUCAAUCUACAGAACACGUCGUCUGCCACGCCCUCCAUCAACCUCCUCAUCACAUUCCAGUAUGACGAGAAGUUAUACCAGCUGCAGAGGUCAUCCAUCAAGGUUCCACUGUUGGUUCCUGGUCUGAACUAUGCCUUUCAGACCCUGGUGGAAUGCAUAAGUGACAAGGCCAUCGCUGACACCAUUAAGGUGUUUGUGCUGAGGAAAGGGAAGAGCAUGCCGAUCAUCACAGGGAACAUCAACAUGCCAGUCAGUGAGGCUCAGGUGGUCGUCUAACCCUGACAACAAGGAGAUACACCACCAGGGAACAGCUGCUUUUUCAAUUCAAUCCUUUAGCAACAUUGUCGACACAAAGUACAAGUGUAGCUUGAAUGGCAUUGAUAUUUACAAAUUAUAAUCAUUAUGACAGAAUUUAAACAUGUACAUAUGUAUACAAAAAUAAUGGGUUUUACUGUCAGAUUGUACACUUAUUGGAUUGAUGAACAAAAGAGUUUUGAAGUCUGUUCUUGCUGAGGAGAUGGUGUGUUUUUCUCAGUAAUCCCAUGUAGCUGCAAAUCUGGAUGGGGGAACAAGCCCAGAAAUAUUCAA